GUAGUAUAUUGUUCAACUCCUUUGUAUAUUGUUAAUGCAUGUGUAUAUGAUCAUGAUCUAAAUCUCACUUGCUUGAAGUCACUUUAGUUCACUUGUUCCUAGGUUUCUGAAUCUACUAGUUUUGUCUUCUGUCUUUCUUUAUGUCUAUUACUUAAAAAUCUGCCUAGAUGAUCUGGGUGUGUUGAUGAGUUGAAUAAGUCCUUUUUAAUAUGACCCAUUUACCUAGGUUUAGUUUAACAUUUUUUAUUUUAUUAUUUGAUCAUAGUGUUCCUCACUAGACACUACAAAGUACAAAUGAUGUGUGCAGUUUGUAUAAUUUAUGUACAUGUAUUUUAUUGCUAGGAAUGUUAGUAAGAACAUGUGUAAAUUGUAAAUUUGUAAUAUAUUAUAAAGUUGUUUCAACUCUCUUAAAUUUAUGGUACAUGUGAAUCAGUUUCGGUCACGGGAAAUGUUGCAAGUUGAGGUUAUUUAAUCUGAAGGGGGAACUUGUUUUGGGGACGAGGAAAAAUGGUCCCUUAAUCUGUUGAAGAAUGUGGUGAAAUUGAGUUUAUAUGAAUGAAUAUUGCAUAACCGAACUUAAGGGGUUUAGCCUGGUGCUAAUAGCACCACUCUCCGGUGACAAAGGCCGUGGUUUAAGUUCCUCUUCCUCCCCUGUACUUGCUAAAACUAUGUAACUUAUCGAGAGAUAUAUUGAAUGAUAGCCCUUCUCUUGAUGACAAAACCAUAUCUCUUAAAGAUUAAUUUCAUACUGUUUGGGAAUAUAUUAAAUACUGACACAAAUAUUGUUUGGAAUUAAUUGUGAGAUGUAAACCUGGUAGGAUUCUGGUAGAGUUGGUUCAGAUUUCUUUUCUUUUUGAAAUCAGGGUGAAUAAUUCGCUUGCAGAAAAAAAAUGCAUUUAAGAAUAUUAUUGUAAAGCUAUUUUAUUGCUCAAUCUUGCUUUGUUUGACAUUUCUUUUUCUUUGAAAUUUGUAUAGAGUAAAUACAUACGAGAUGUGCUCAAAAUAGUGUUUGUUCAACAUUUAUAUAAUUGGAUAGGUUUAAGAUGAGUUGCUAUUGGGGACCAGAGGAUAUUCACGACUCCUUGGCAGCACCUUUACUUUUAAUUUUUGACCAUUAUUAACAGUCUAUAUAGAUUAUAUGUUUUCAAUCUCUUAUCCUUCAACUUUAAAAUUCUGUAUAUUCCACUAUUUGUCAAUCGCUUAAUUUUAAGAAAUUGUUGUGUUGGCAGUUUGCUAUAAUGAGCGUACAUCUGAGGAACUGACUGCUUUUGUGACAAAUUUCUUGUCUCAUCACCUAGUGAUUCUCUUUGUUCUGUUAGUGGUUUCUCUUAUUCGGGGUUUCAUGUUAAGUAUAUGUGUUAUGUAUUUGCAUGUGCUUUAAUUUAAUAAGAUUUAUAGUGUGUGUAUAUUUUCAGUUUAGGUUACACAAAUACACCUGCAAAUAUUUUGCCAAUUUACGCAAUUAUUCAUUAGGAUGAUUAUACAUAAAUCAGGUGUGCCACUUUCUGCUUGUUAAUAACCCAAGUAGAUGCAUUCAUACUCAUUCUCUCCGUAUCAGUAAAACCAAGUACUAUAAAAUGGCCACCGUUAGCUUAAAACUCCUUGUAGACAACAGCACCGGGAAGGUAAUCUUUGCUGAAGCGGGGAAAGAUUUUGUGGACUUUUUAUUUGGACUGCUAGAAAUUCCACUAGGAUCUCUGCUGAAUCUUCUAGACGGGGAGGGGAUGUGUAAAUCCUGGACAUUGAGCAAAGUCUACCAAAGUGUGAAUAAACUUGGCAAUGAAUACUUACAGACCAAUCAAACGAAGCAGAAUCUACUGAAUCCUGCCAUGCCUGAAUCAAACACCAAAGCUGCCCCUUUUAUUCAACAAUUGGGAUAUCGGAAGUCACAAUGUUCAUCCAGUUCUUUUGUCUUUGGAAAAAAUGUUGAUAAGACAGAAGUGGAUGGGUAUGUUAAAGGAUCAGUGACGUAUAUGAUUUCAGAUGACCUCACAGUGAAGCCCCUGUCCUGCAUUUCUUGCUUAAGUCUUAUCAACAGUUUAGGUGUCAAAGACAUUGGUACUCUGGAAGAAAAGAUUGUGAACAUCGACAUGAAGAAGGCUUUGGAGUUGGUGAGGGUCUCCUUUGGAUCCAAAACUGUUCUCACAGAUGUAUUUGCUAAAAAAAUUGUGACAAAAAAUGUGUAUAAUGUUUGAUGAGUGCUUCCAACUCCACGAAGGACUAGGAUUAAUUUGUCCCCCACUCCCCUUCUGAAAGAUUACCUGAAGUUUUAUUGUUUUGCGUUAAACUUCUUAAUUGUCAGAAUUUCUCUUGUUUUGGAUUUCACUAAAUUAUCCUUUAUUGUUUUAUGGUGACUAUAUUUUUGUGCUA